UAUAAGCAGCCUAUAUACCCUUGGAUCUUUGAGUGUCAUCUGCUUCAUAAAUUCACCUACUCUCUGGCCCAAUUACAGGCCGAAUAUUGACAGACUGAAGGGCUUUGGAGUUCGGCGAGUUUGCGGCUUGAGAAUUGACACUGUUGAUGGAUGCAGAAGCCAAAAUGUCUGGUGAAAAAGCAGAAAAUGGAAAAGAGGAAACACCGAACUCAAAAAUAGAGGAAACACAUGAAGAUGAUGAGAUCUAUAAAGUAAGAUGCUCAAGUUGUACACGUCUAAUACUGCUCAUGCAAUUUCAGAUUGCGCCCAAGGAAUCAAUCAAAACCGUAUCUCGGACCAACUCUGCAUCUAUAGACGCCAAUGUGCAGUUCAAAUCUGUAAGCUCAUCGAGGCCAAAUUCAGGAAAGGUGUCGAAACCAGCGCCUUCUCAAAAUGUUGCCUCCGGUGUGCCUAAUAGAACUUCGAGUACUUCAAAUAUCUCCACAUCUUCGCCAAGACCACCGCCGAAGUCCGAAUUAUCGAAAACGGGAGAUGCUUCAAAGUUAACGGGCGAUGUUGAUAGAGAAGCUCAAACAGCUUCGAUGGCAGCAGCGUCACACGACCAAGGGACGAGCUGGUACGAUCCGAGACGAGUGAUCAAGCCCGAUUACGAGGGAACUAUCAAAGAAUUAAAACGGCGCCUGAACGAAACAUCCAAGGAUGCUCAGGCAUGGAAGAGUCAAGCUGUGACGUAUAACAAAGAAGCCCAAACUUGGAAGCGCGAAUUCGAGCUCGCUCGCUCGGAAAUGAAUCAAAUGGCCGACCAGCAGGAGCAACAGGCAGAGAAGUUUCGAAGGGUGCAGGAGAGAGCAUUUCGUCAAAUUGACUCUGCGGAGUGGAUGCCGGAGUCCAACGAAGACAUCAGCCGUAAAUUGAAGGGUCUGGACUUCGAUAUCAAGGCUUGGGCAAAGACCUAUGCAGUCCCCUUAGUGUCUAAAAUCGAGACUACCAGAGACGAAAGGGCAAAACUGAUGGACUGCCUGAACUGCGUGGUUAGACUUGAAAACGACAAAGUUCCCUCUCGAGUGGGAGACGAUCGAGCAUGGAUGCUCUUGCAGGCGCGGCUUCUUCACAAGCUCUAUACGGAAAUCUUCGAAGAGCCCUUCUUCUUCAUUGGCGAGAGACUCUGUAAUGUGAAGCCUGCCAAGAACGAUGAUGCCAGAAGCGCGAACAUUGAUGCAGCGUUCAGUACGCUUUACGACGAGCUUCGAGAAGUCGAUGAAAAAGACGCAUUUGCGUGGCGGGCUCAAACAUUGAGACUGCUCGCUCCUCCGUCGAAUUCAAGUCGGAAGGCCCCCAAGGCCGUUGCAGACACAAACAAGAGGACUGAGGAAGCGCGAGAUAACGCCGCUGUCGUAGUAUGCGAUGAAUUCCUUCAGACGGGCAUCGAGCCCUUGAUGGCGAGCCCUCGGUGCGAUGCUGCGGAGAAGCUCCUCCAUUCAUUUGCCAAGCGGGCAGCACAGAUAUCUUUCUCUCUAUGGGUACAAAAGCGGGACCUUGAGUACAGGUUUAAGGAAGAAUUGCCAAAGGUGUUCAAGCACGAUCACUCGCUGCUUGAAGCUCAUCAGCUUCACAACAAGCACUUGAACGACAACCCAGCGCGAUUAGAUGGACUCCCUAUCUUGGUUGUCACGCAUCCUGCUGUGGUCAGUCGUGGAAAUGACGACGGCGAUUACGAGGUACGCAGCGUACUCAAAAAGGCAAUCUGUUGGAUGGGUGAGCCGCCUGGGUGGAAACAUUAGCAUGGUUUCUCUUACACAGUGUUUAUUGUUUUACUUCUUGGCAUUGAAUGCCUGGCGUAACUGCUAGCGCUCUCUUGAAAUCCAGCCCAAUCGAUCUGGGCCCGGCAGCACUCGCACACCACUGCUGCUAGCCUAGCAGACCGGAGCACUAAAAGGGCGUCUUUUGGCCCCGGGCGCGCCUCAUGGCGAAGUGCAUGACUCGCCAGGCUGGCCAUGCAUAGCCUCGGUGCUAAUGCGAAGCUAU